CCCAAGAUUUCCAAAAGCAUUGCAAUGGCCUCCGUCAACAACUACAACUUCCCUCAUUUUCCUCCCCCACCAACACCUUUUGUUAGUCCACCAACUCCUGCCGGUCCGAUUAGGCCCCCACCUCCUCCUCCUGUUAUUCCACCAACCCCUGCCGGUCCGAUUAGGCCCCCUCCUCCUCCUGUCAUUCCACCACCUGCUCCCAAACCGACUAGCCCACCGCCUCCUCAUGUCACCCCACCACCACCUCCCCACCGUACUCCACCACCUAAACCACACCCUAUCACUCCACCACCUCCUCAUAUCCUCCCACCACCACCUCCAUCGCCACCAGACCAUCAUUCAACAGUCAUAAUCAUUGUGUUCGUGUCAUUCGGCUGUCUUCUGUUCCUUGCUUGCUCCUUGUUAGCCCUCUGGUGCUUCUUGAAGAAGAGAAAAAAGAAGGCUGUGGAAGAGACAAAGAUUGUCAACAUGGAUGAACACUUGAAGGUCCAGGAAGCAAUAGUCCAAGGACCUCAUGGACAAAAAACAGUAGUCCUUUCCGUUGAGGAUGAUGUGCAUGUCAACGAAGUAGAUUACAAAAAGAGUAAGAGUUUAUCUGAUGAGCAAAACAUGCAUGCAAAAUCAGGAGAGAUUGCUCCUAGCAGCCUUGAAGAAGGGAGAUCUUCCUCUAGUCCUGUCCAUCACCAUUCUAAGCAAAAUCCCAGCUGAUUCAUAACAUUCAGUGUUCAAUAACUUGAACAUCACUUCCAAGACUUUCCUUUUUGCUUUAAGGCAUUGUUUGCAUUUCGAAUAAAAAUUGGUCAAAUAAACAUCACGAGGUAAAAGAAAUAUGUAACGUGAUCAAUGAUUUUCCUACUUGUGGGAAAUUAAGCUGUAUAAUUUAUUCCUCCUUUUGAUUGAUGAAUGAAUUUGUUGUUAAAUGCUUUAAUUCA